AUGGCAGCCGCAUUCCUGUUGCUUAGUUCCCUACAGUAUCUUUUGACACCUACAGUAACCGGAUGGAAUACAGUAACAGCAAUAAAACUUUUAGCUGAUCCAUUACUUGGUAUAUUAGCGUCAGCAGGAUGUUUCGCUCAAAUUCUUUUCAAUAUUUUUAAAGCAAAUCGUUUGCAACUUCUUGAUAAGCAUGGUUAUCAACCGGCUGCACCACAAAUACCUCAACCAGCAAUUCCAUCGCAUACGGUAACAGCAAGCAAUGCUUAUUCGUUGUCAAGGUAUCCGGAACAGAGGCCACUUUGUCCACUAUAG